GAAGGUGGCGGAUUAUCACUUGAAAACGGUUUGUGUGAAGCCGUUGUGACGUCACGGUUUUCGUGCGGUGCGAUCCAUACUACGGAGAUUUCGUAUCUUUCGUAUCUCUCCGAUGGAAACUAUCGAGCGUGAUAAUAAAGAUAACAACUUAUCAAACGUCUUACCUCUCAAGGCUCGGUUUGCAAGUUUAUCCGAGCUGAACUGAGAUUUAUUACGUGAUAUGUCACGGCGCACCCAAGUUAUCCAGUUGUACAAGACGCUGUUAUACAUGGGUCGAGACUAUCCAAAGGGAUAUCAAUAUUUCAGGAGCAAGUUGAGGAGAGCCUUCGACAAAAACAGAGCCGAGACCGAUCCCGAGAAAAUCGAUAACAUGAUAGGACACGAAUCUGAAAAAAUGGUCGCUUGCGUCGCUGUUAUCGGCAAGGAUAACUCCCCGAAAUAUAUCAAGUGUGCGGAUGAGGCCUCAGCGCUGCAGUUUCACUACAAAGUACACACAUCCAUCGAUAUCAUAGAAGAGAAGUUGAGUGUAGGAAACAAAACGGCAGUCGAUACGCGCGACUUGUAUCUGGGUUUGUUGUUUGCAACUGAAGAGUAUAAAAUAUACGGAUAUGCUACUAACACAAAAAUAAAAUUCGUCAUAGUAUUGCAAUCAUCCAAUGUAUCGUUGAGGGAAAACGAUGUGAAAAUGACUUUCAAGAAGCUACAUGCCGCAUAUUCCAAUGCAGUUUGCAAUCCAUUCUACAUUCCAGGUGAUCAAAUAAAUUCCAAGUCAUUUGAUACAUCAGUGAUGGAAAUAAUGAAUGUCAUGUGAUACUCUAGAAUGUAUAGGAUAAAAGUGUUUAAUUUAAUAAAAAUUAAAUUAUACACAAGUAUUCUGUAAUAAGUCACUCGUUAAUGAAUAAUUAAUUAAUAAAUGAUAAUUUCGCGAGA